AUGCUCCAGCUCCAGCCCCCGCGCUUCCUGCCGCUGCCCCGCUGCCGCAUCCCGGGCAGCCGCCGCCGCGCUCGCCCGCCGGCCCUCGCCGUCCGCUCCCGGUGGAAGCUCCCCGACGUCGACACCGAUGCGGUGCAGGAGCGGGUGCGCUCCUGGCUCUCCCGGGCGCGGGGCGCAGUCGUGGACGCCACGCAGGCGGCGCGGGAGAAGGGGAAGCGCAAGGAGGAUGCCGAGGGGAGGAAGGAGGAGGUGGAGGAGCAGGCGCUCGACUUCGCGGUGCCCGAGAUCACCGUCGAGCGCCGGGUCGGCCGCGGGUGGCUCUCCAUGGACGCCGUUGUCUCCAUCGAGCAGUUCGCUAGGUUGAAUGGUUUGACUGGGAGGAAGGUGCAAAGGAUCUUUAAAGCUCUUGCUCAUGAACAUGUACACAGUGAUGCUCGAAGUCUAGUUGAAUAUUGCUGCUUCCGGUACUUGUCAAGAGAUAACUCCGAUUUUCAUCCAAAUUUGAGGGAGCUUGCAUUUCAAAGGCUUAUCUUUGUGACUAUGCUUGCAUGGGAAGAUCCAUAUGAUGAAGACAAUGAUCCACACUCUUCACUAGAUAACUACUCUAUAUUGGGAAGAUUUGUUGGAGAAGAUGCAUUUGUCCGAAUUGCUCCGGCUGUGGCAGGUGUUGCUGAUGUUUCAACAGCUCAUCAUCUCUUUAGGGCCCUUGUUGGCACUGAAAAAGGACUUACAUUGGAUUUGUGGACAACAUACCUUGGUGAACUUUUGAAGGUUCAUCAUGGGAGGCAAACUCAUAAAAUUGGAGAUAACUUUCUGUCUGACGAGCAAGUCCUGUGCAUAGGCUCUAGUAAAAAGAGACCUGUUCUAAAAUGGGAGCAGAAUACUGCAUGGCCUGGACACUUAACCUUGACCAACAAGGCACUUUAUUUUGAGGCCAUUGGACUGGCAGGUAUGAAGAAACCGUUGAGGCUUGACCUUACUGAUCAUAAUUCAAGGGUUCAGAAAGCAAAGGUUGGACCAUUUGGAUCCAGGCUAUUUGACUCUGCUGUCUCUGUUUCAUCUGGUUCAGUGUCAAGUGAGUGGACAUUAGAGUUUGUUGAUUUUGGCGGAGAGAUGAGACGAGAUGUAUGGCUCGCCUUCAUCAAUGAAAUUAUUUCCGUUUAUAAGUUCAUUCGUGAAUAUGGACCAAGGGAUGAUGAUCCAACCAUUCGUCAUGUAUAUGGUGCCCACAAAGGCAAGAAAAGAGCUGUUAGUAGUGCAACAAACAGUAUUGCAAGGCUUCAAUCUCUGCAAUUCAUACGCAGAUUACACGAGGAUCCAGCUAAGUUAGUACAGUUCUCCUACCUAUUGGGUGCACCUUAUGGUGAUGUUGUUCUUCAGACCCUAGCAGUGAAUUUCUGGGGUGGGUCACUGAUUACGAACUCCAAAGUAGCAAAUGAAAGAUCGCCUCAACGGCAUAAACAUUCUGAAGGCUCAUCUAGUGGUCGCUCGCAUGUUCACGACAUAGAUGGUAGUGUGUACUUGGGCAAGUGGAUGACUUCUCCGAGCUGGGCAUCGAGCCAUUCAGUCAGUUUUUGGAGAGGCUCUUCAGUCAAGCAUGGUGUAAUAUUGAGUAAAUCUUUGGUUGUAGCUGAUAAAAAUCUUGUAGAGAAGGCGAUGGUUGCAUGUAAAGAGAAGAGCAAAGUAGUUGAGAAGACACAUGCUACAAUUGUUGCUGCUACGGUUGAAGGUAUUCCAAGCAAUAUUGACCUCUUCAAGGCGCUUUUACUUCCAUUCGCUAUAAUGGCUGAAAAAUUUGACAAACUUAAACGCUGGGAGAAUCCUCGUUCAACCAUUUGUUUUCUAAUAGUAGCAUAUACCAUUAUUUUGAGGAACAUGCUCUUUUAUAUUUUCCCAUUUACCUUGAUGGCGAUGGCCCUUUCCAUGCUUGCCCUUAAAGGGCUGAAAGAACAAGGCCGGCUGGGUAGAUCUUUUGGCAAUGUGACAAUAAGGGAUCAACCACCUUCGAACACGAUCCAGAAGAUCGUAGCUCUUAAAGAGGCAAUGGCCUCAGUGGAGAACUAUCUUCAGCACCUCAAUGUCUCUCUUCUGAAGAUGCGAACAAUCUUCUUAGCAGGCCAACCUGAGGUAACAACUCAUGUUGCUCUUGUUCUUCUAGCAUCCUCCGCCGUCCUUCUCGUGGUUCCUUUCAGAUACAUUAUGGCCUGCUUUACCCUUGAUCUCUUCACGAGGGAGCUGGAGUUCCGGAGGGAAACGGUGGUGGCGUUCAUAAGUUUCGUGAAGGAACGGUGGGAGUCCAUACACGCUGCCCCUGUGAUAGUUUUGCCAUACGAGGGUGACGCCGAGAACAGCAACAAGGCACUCCCCGCAAAAGCUACCACCAGGCAAGCAGAAUCUAAAGAUGUGCAGGGCCAACGUAGUGACGCGUAUGUGAAUUCAAGUAAUGGACUCCGCACUUCAUGAUAUUUGGAGGGUGGAGCAUUGUGUUUGUAAUGUACAGUUUUGUACAGUUGUAACAUGUACAUAACAAUUGAGAGGUCCAAUUAGGCAAUAGUUCAUACCAAA